AUAUACUGUUUCCUUACAUUUGUUAUAUGUGUUUUUAUAAUAUUGGUGUUUAAUAUUGCAAGUGCAUGUCUGUGAACAUCUGAUAACCCUGUUGUAUAUUAAAUCCAGAUAAAAAUGGCAUCAAGUCUAAACAUCCUGAGAGAUACUAUAGAAGAAAAUGGCACAAUGCUUCUGAUAGCAGGAUGCUUUAACCAUGUUAAAGAAGUUGAUAAAAGAGAGAAACUUGUUCAGGAUUAUCUGGAAUGGUACUUUUUUACAAGAAACAGUCAAUGUAUUGGAAGAUUUAAAGAUGGAUUAUCCACUCUCAAUCUACUUGAAAAACUAAAGCAGGACCCAGAUGUAUUUGUAAACUGCAUGUGCAGUUCUCAAAGCAAGAUCAAUGCAGAAGCCAUUGAAGAUAUUUUUAAGAUAAAUUUCAGUGAGGCAGGCAGCAGCUGGAGACAUGAGGAAGGAAGAACUGCUGCCUAUUGGGCAGACUACCUGUUGGAUAUUGAAGCCUCUGAUAAAACUUCAACUUGUGAUCCUUCAUUAGAAGACAUUUUAAUGUUUGCAACUGGCCUUCGUGCUAUACCACCAUUAGGACUGCAGCCAAGACCAACAAUUUGCUUUCACCAUGAUGGGUCACUACUGCCAGUGGCCAACACUUGUGGCAACAUCUUAACUCUGCCAAUCCAUAAAACCUAUGAUAAUUUUAGAUGUUAUGUUAGUUUUGGAAUUUUAAAUUCACCAGGUUUUGGCCAGUAUUAACCUGAGUCACUUAUAGUAUAUACACAUUUCACAGUAAUCUACUGUAAUGUGCAGUCAGAGACAGAGCCUGAAAAGCUUUAACAAAGAGUUAGGAGCUACCAUCAGAGUGGGUAUGUAUGCUACAUACUUUUUGCCCAAAGAGAAUUAGAGGUGAGAAAUCACCCACAAAAAAAAAAAAAAAGACAAUAAAGAACCACCUGAGAUGAAACAAGCAAUCCUGUCUAAGAGAACUAGAAAAAAAGGGCAAGACAGCAAGUGCCAAGGAUUGUUCACUAUACCUCUGAAUUAAAAAUAGAAUCCCUGUCACAAUAAGCUCCCCUUCUCUGUUACAGCAUUUCAUGUCUCUGCCCUUGUACGAUACCAGCCUUAAUUUUCUACAACUCCCUCAACUCAUGAUCCAGUCCUUUCAAUAUGUGAAAUGUAAAGACAGGCUGACAAGCUUUAAUUGAUUUUGGUUAGUUUUAAAAUGUUCAGAGUUCUGAAAAACAUGAAGUUCCUAUAUAUUUGGAUAAAUACUGUAUUUGGGAUGCAGUGAAUUAGUUAUGGAUGUAGUUAACCUCAGUUUAACCAAGGCCAACAGUUUCACAU